AUGGCCGCCUUUAUAUAUAUAUCCUUUGCCGACGGUUUUGCCACACGUAAGCCUCGGGAUGAAAAGGAUCUUGCCUUGGGAGCCAUUCCAGGAUUCUCUUGUGAUCUUCCAUUCGGCAACGUUGCCUCGACUGGCUUGACACCAACGGUGCAUGGGCUUCGAUCCCGGCUAUCGAUACUUCCAUACUUGUUCGCCUAUGCCCCUUUUCGCUGUGUUAUUCUAUUCAACCUGCAGGGCGAGCCGAAGGCCUCGCUGCCGUACGAUCUUAAUCUGGGAACUGCUAAACACGGCAGGGUGACUGAAAGGAAGUGUACCUCGAAACUCAGCUACGUACAUGAUCAGUUGAAGAACAACGCCAGUCGGUUUGUAGUCAAUGCUGCGAUUGCAACCGGGAAUAUUAAGGUCGCUAUUGUACGAACUAUCUCUUCGCUGUGCUCACGACAUGCCUGUACAGACUCGCAUGGUGAAGUUCGUGAAUCUGGCUCGCAAUAUAACCCACUCGGCAAAUCGGGCAAGCCAACUGACUUUUCCAUUCUGGCUCUUUCGGAAGGCCGGCUCAGCAACUAG